CUCUCUCAAAAUCCCCAUCUUUUUCUCGCCACGAGUACGAACACUCAAAAUAUAUAUAUUUUUCACAUUUAAAGAGCUAACCCUUUUUUGCUUUGCAGACACCACAAACCCUAGCCCUAGUACCUUCAAUUUUCUCCCUGCUUUAGUUAAGCUCAAAGACAAAUGGGAGAAACAAGGGACAACGAUGCUUACGAGGAGGAGCUUCUUGAUUACGAGGAAGAAGAAGAGAAAGCCCCUGACUCUGUCACUGCUAAAGUCAAUGGCGAGGGCGGCAAGAAGGGCUAUGUUGGCAUUCACAGUUCAGGAUUCAGGGACUUCCUUUUGAAACCAGAGCUUCUUCGGGCCAUUGUUGACUCUGGAUUUGAGCACCCUUCUGAAGUGCAACAUGAAUGCAUUCCCCAAGCCAUAUUGGGUAUGGAUGUCAUUUGCCAAGCUAAAUCAGGGAUGGGGAAGACUGCAGUUUUUGUUCUAUCAACACUACAGCAAAUUGAACCUAGUCCAGGACAAGUUAUUGCCCUUGUUUUAUGCCAUACAAGGGAGUUAGCUUACCAGAUUUGUCACGAGUUUGAGAGGUUCAGUACUUAUCUGCCUGAUAUCAAGGUUGCUGUCUUCUAUGGAGGUGUCAACAUCAAAGUUCACAAAGAUCUACUGAAAAAUGAAUGCCCCCACAUUGUUGUUGGGACACCUGGAAGGAUAUUGGCUCUUACUAGAGACAAGGAUCUUUCUUUGAAGAAUGUGAGACAUUUCAUUCUUGAUGAAUGUGACAAAAUGCUUGAAUCACUUGAUAUGAGGAGAGAUGUGCAGGAGAUUUUCAAGAUGACCCCUCAUGAUAAACAAGUCAUGAUGUUUUCUGCCACGCUCAGCAAAGAAAUUCGCCCGGUUUGCAAGAAAUUUAUGCAAGAUCCAAUGGAAAUUUAUGUUGAUGAUGAGGCCAAGUUGACCCUUCAUGGUCUUGUACAGCAUUAUAUCAAAUUGAGUGAGAUGGAGAAAAAUCGCAAGUUGAAUGACCUUCUUGAUGCUUUGGACUUCAACCAAGUUGUUAUCUUUGUCAAAAGCGUGAACCGUGCAGCUGAGUUGAACAAGUUACUUGUUGAGUGCAAUUUUCCAUCCAUAUGCAUUCAUUCUGGCAUGUCCCAGGAAGAAAGGUUAACUCGCUACAAGGGUUUCAAAGAGGGGCAUAAAAGAAUUCUUGUGGCCACAGAUUUGGUUGGAAGGGGAAUUGACAUUGAACGUGUUAACAUUGUCAUCAACUAUGACAUGCCUGAUUCUGCUGAUACAUACCUGCACAGGGUUGGCAGAGCUGGUAGGUUUGGCACCAAGGGUCUUGCAAUUACGUUUGUUUCUUCUGCUUCAGAUUCUGAUGUGCUCAACCAGGUCCAAGAGAGGUUUGAGGUGGAUAUAAAGGAGCUUCCUGAGCAGAUUGAUACAUCUACAUACAUGCCGUCAUAAAGGAAGUUCGUUCUGCAGCAGCCUAGUUUUCUAGUCUAAAUCAGGAAUUGAUUGUGUGGUUUGCUGGAGGCCACGUGUAGUUCUCAGAUAUGGAAUGCUUUUAAAUCAGUUGCUUGGGAGGAGCAGCAGAUGCAGUACCGGUCGGUUUUAACUUUUUAAGAGAGUAUUGUAGCCUUGUUAAGAACUUAAAUUGGUAUUCAGCUUUAUCUUUUGGGAAAAUUUUCCCUUUGAGGACAUUGUUUUCACUAUGCUAUAGAGUUGCAUGCUAUAUUUUAGUA